GUUGUGUAUGCGUUGCUGAUGCCAGCUAGUGCCACUCUGGGGGAGGAUGCUAGCGACUUUCAGUACAACUUCCUAAAGAGUGGUGGUCUGCCCUUGGUUCUGAGCAUGCUCACCAGGAACAACUUCCUCCCUUCAGCGGACAUGGAGACACGCCGAGGGGCUUACCUCAAUGCUCUGAAGAUCGCUAAGCUUCUUCUGACUGCAGUUGGCUUUGGACACGUGAAAGCUGUGGCUGAGGCCUGUCAGCCCAACGCUGAGGGAAAUAUUCCCGUCUCUCCGAUAAACCAGGCAACUCACGACCAGGCGCUGGUUCUUCAGAGUGCCCUGCAGAACAUUCCCAACCCUGCCUCUGAGUGCAUGCUGCGUAAUGUAGCUAUUCGCCUGGCCCAGCAGAUUUCUGAUGAGAAUUUCUUCCAGGCAUCGAAGUACAUCCCAGACAUUUGUGUGAUCCGAGCAGUGCAGAAAAUUGUGUGGGCGUCAGGCUGUGGCACGGUGCAGCUCGUCUUCAGUUCUAAUGAGGAAAUCAGCAAGAUCUACGAGAAGACAAAUGCAGCCAAGGAGCCAGAUGGGGAGGAUGAGCAGGUGUGCUGCGAGGCCUUGGAAGUGAUGACGCUGUGUUUCGCUCUUAUGCCCACGGCGCUGGACACGCUCAGUAAGGAGAAGGCCUGGCAGACCUUCAUCAUAGACUUGCUACUACACUGCCACAGCAAAUCUGUGCGUCAAAUGGCCCAGGAGCAGUUUUUCUUGAUGGCGACUAGGUGCUGUAUGGGACACCGACCCCUUUUGUUCUUCAUCACCCUCCUCUUUACAGUGCUCGGGAGCACAGCCAAAGAGCGAGCUAAACAUGCCGGGGACUAUUUUACUUUGCUGCGACACCUGCUGAACUACGCCUACAAUAGUAACAUCAACCUGCCCAAUGCUGAGGUGCUGCUCAACAAUGAGAUUGACUGGCUCAAACGAAUACGGGAUGAGGUUAAGAGGACAGGAGAAACUGGUGUGGAGGAGACCAUCCUGGAGGGCCACCUUGGGGUCACCAAAGAGCUUCUAGCCUUCCAGACACCAGAAAAAAAAUAUUACAUUGGCUGUGAGAAGGGAGGCGCAAACCUUAUUAGGGAGCUGAUUGAUGACUUCAUCUUCCCAGCAUCUAAUGUUUACCUGCAGUACAUGAAGAGUGGGGAGUUCCCUACAGAGCAGGCCAUCCCAGUGUGCAGCACGCCUGCCUCCAUCAACGCUGGCUUUGAGCUGCUGGUGGCGCUGGCUGUAGGCUGUGUCCGCAACCUCAAGCAGAUGGUUGACACUCUGACUGACAUGUACUACCUGGGUUGUGAGACAUUAACAGAAUGGGAGUACUUGCCUCCGGUGGGGCCACGACCCAACAAAGGCUUUGUUGGGUUGAAGAACGCUGGUGCUACCUGUUAUAUGAACUCCGUCAUCCAGCAGCUCUACAUGAUCCCUCCCAUCCGCAAUGGCAUCUUAGCUAUUGAGGGGACGGGCACCGACGUGGAUGAUGAUAUGUCAGGGGAUGAGAAGCAGGAGAAUGAGAGUAACGUAGAUCCCCGGGAUGAAGUUUUCUGCUACCACCACCAGUUUGAUGACAAGCCGUCCAGUAAGUCGGAGGACAGGAAGGAGUACAACAUCGGUGUGCUGCGUCACCUACAAGUCAUCUUUGGCCACCUGGCUGCAUCCAGGCUGCAGUACUACGUCCCAAGAGGAUUCUGGAAACAGUUCAGACUGUGGGGCGAGCCAGUAAAUCUGAGGGAACAGCAUGAUGCUUUGGAGUUUUUCAACUCCUUGGUGGACAGUUUGGACGAAGCUCUCAAAGCUCUGGGUCACCCUCCCAUGCUCAGCAAGGUGCUGGGAGGGUCUUUUGCUGACCAAAAGAUCUGUCAAGGAUGCCCCCACAGGUAUGAGUGUGAGGAAUCAUUCACAACACUCAACGUAGACAUCAGGAACCACCAAAACCUGUUGGACUCCAUGGAGCAGUAUGUUAAAGGAGAUCUGCUGGAAGGAGCAAACGCCUACCACUGUGAGAAAUGUAACAAGAAGGUGGACACAGUGAAGCGUCUUCUGAUCAAGAAACUACCACCCGUCCUUGCUAUCCAGCUGAAACGCUUCGACUACGACUGGGAGAGGGAGUGUGCCAUUAAGUUUAACGACUACUUCGAGUUCCCCAGGGAGCUGGACAUGGAGCCGUACACAGUAGCAGGUGUGGCGAAGCUGGAGGGCGAUGAUGUGAACCCAGAGAACCAGGUGAUCCAGCAGAACGAGCUGUCUGAGGCCACAGCGCCAGGCAGCUCCAAGUAUCGUCUGGUGGGAGUGCUGGUUCACUCAGGCCAGGCCAGCGGCGGACACUACUACUCCUACAUAAUCCAGAGGAACGGAGGCGACGGCGAGAAGAACCGCUGGUACAAGUUUGAUGACGGCGACGUGACGGAGUGCAAGAUGGAUGAUGAGGAGGAGAUGAAGAACCAGUGCUUUGGAGGAGAGUACAUGGGUGAGGUGUUUGAUCAUAUGAUGAAGAGGAUGUCGUAUCGGAGGCAGAAGCGCUGGUGGAAUGCUUACAUCCUGUUCUAUGAGCGCAUGGACUCACUGGACAAGGACAGCGAACUUGUCAAAUAUAUCUCGGAGCUGUCCUUAUCCUCCACCAAGCCGCAUCAAGUCAAGAUGCCCAGCGUCAUCGAAUGCAGCGUCCGCAAGCAGAACGUCCAGUUCAUGCACAACCGGAUGCAAUACAGCCUGGAAUAUUUCCAGUUCAUUAAGAAACUUCUGACCUGUAACAGUGUCUAUUUAAAUCCUCCUCCAGGACAGGACCAUCUUCUGCCAGAGGCAGAGGAGAUAGCUAUGAUCAGCGCUCAGCUGGCUGCUCGCUUCCUCUUCAGCACAGGUUUUCAUACCAAGAAGGUUGUACGGGGUCCUGCCAGCGACUGGUAUGAUGCCCUCUGCAUCCUGCUGAGACACAGUAAGAAUGUACGCUACUGGUUUGCACACAACGUUCUGUUCGCUUACCCUAACCGCUUCUCUGAGUACCUCCUGGAGUGCCCGAGCGCUGAGGUUCGUGGAGCGCUUGCCAAGCUCAUAGUCUUCAUCGCCCACUUCUCCCUGCAAGACGGGCCCUGCCCCUCCCCCACUGCCUCACCUGGACCCUCAGCUCAGGGCUGUGAUAACCUGAGCCUUAGUGACCACUUGUUGAGAGCGGUACUGAACUUGCUCAGAAGAGAGGUUUCUGAACAUGGCCGACACUUGCAGCAGUACUUUAACCUCUUUGUCAUGUAUGCCAACCUGGGCCUUGCAGAAAAGACUCAGCUGCUGAAGCUCAACGUCCCUGCUACCUUUAUGUUGGUGGCUCUGGACGAGGGUCCCGGCCCUCCCAUUAAAUACCAGUACGCUGAGCUGGGCAAGCUUUACACUGUGGUGUCACAGCUGGUGCGCUGCUGUGACGUCUCCUCACGCAUGCAGUCCUCCAUCAACGGUAACCCUCCCCUUCAAAACCCYUAUGGGGACCCGAAUCUGACGGCUCCAGUCAUGCCUGUGCAGCAGCUGGUGGCUGAGAUCCUGUUUGUAAGGACGAGCUACGUGAAAAAGAUCAUUGAGGAUUGCAGCAACUCUGAGGAGACGGUGAAGCUGCUUCGUUUCUGCUGCUGGGAGAACCCUCAGUUCUCCUCCACYGUUCUCAGUGAGCUGCUCUGGCAGGUGGCAUAUUCCUACACAUACGAGCUUAGGCCUUARCUGGACUUGUUGCUACAGAUCCUGCUGAUCGAGGACUCGUGGCAAACACACAGGAUCCACAAUGUGCUUAAAGGUAUUCCUGAUGACAGAGAUGGGCUGUUUGACACCAUCCAGCGCUCCAAGAACCACUAUCAGAAACGGGCCUAUCAAUGCAUCAAGUGCAUGGUGGCCCUCUUUAGCAACUGCUCUGUGGCUUACCAGAUCCUGCAGAGUAACGGGGACUUGAAGCGAAAGUGGACGUGGGCUGUGGAGUGGUUGGGGGAUGAGCUGGAGAGGAGGCCGUACACAGGAAAUCCACAGUACACCUACAACAACUGGUCCCCCCCUGUGCAGAGCAACGAGACCUCCAACGGAUACUUCCUGGAGCGCUCUCACAGCGCUCGCAUGACGCUGGCCAAGGCCUGCGAACUCUGUCCUGAAGAGCUCAAGUGUACUCAGGGAAGCCCAGGGAAGGAGCCCGAUGAACAGGAAGCACCUGAUGAUCAGGAUUCCUCCCCACCUGAGGACACCUCUCUGUACCCCCAUUCUCCUGGAACCACCCAGUUUCAGCAGCAGAAUAACCACCCUCAUGGGCAGCCAUACACUGGGCCUGCUGCCCAGCACAUGAACAACCCCCAGCGUCCCGGUCCUGCUUCUGCUCCAACUCCAGGCCCGACCCAGACCCAGACCCCGACCCCAGGCCCCAGUACCACUCCUGGCUCAGGCCCACGAGCACAAGAAAACUGGGAAGGCACUGAGGAGGUUGCCCCUGCCCCGAGCUCAACCCCAGCCCCCACCCCGCCUAAGGAAUAACCUCUCCUCCUGUCUGCUGUGCCUCGAGCCUCCAUCGUCCUGCUCUCCUCUCAUCCUUCAGCAAACUGAGCUCCUGGUCGGGCCUCUCCCUCCCCCCUCCCUCUCUGGCCCCAGGGCAGAGCCAGGCCUCCCGUCAUCCCCUUCCUCUACAGGCCACCUCUCUCCCCCCAGUGGGCCCGUGGGAUGUGCUCUCUCCUGGCCUGGAGCUGCCUGAGCGUGGGGUGGGGGGGUGGGCUGCUGGUGACUACAGAGGUGAGGGAAUGGACAAGAGAAACAAAAAGACUCUGAGCUGACGAUGCUGAUACGCUUAUCUAAACAAUGAAAAGGUGUACAUAGUAUGUUAUUGUUUCUGACUGUUCCAGUCCUCCAGUAGCAUAACUCUGUGUGGUCUGCUGUUGGGACAUGUUUCAGAUGUAAUGAAAAACAAGAUGGAUAUUAUAAAUAAAGUUUCCCCCUCACACAAAAGAA